UUUGAACACCCUGACGCCCAAGUUCUAUGUAGCACUCACUGGAACAUCUUCACUCAUCUCUGGCCUUAUUCUGCCCAGGGGUGUCAAACUCAUAUUAGGUAGUGGGCCAGAUUUGUUGGAAUGGGACCUCGUGAGAGCCGUCAUGGUCAUUAUCAUUUUUCUACAUGGGUAUGAAUAUUGUUUAAUAUACUCCUUUACCAUACCCACUUAUAAGCAAACAAAUACAAAUCAUGUACUGUCAUAUAUAACGCUAUUUCCCUCUUCAAAUAACCUACUUCCAUGUCAGUUCUUUCAGCCUCUUCCUUCCUGAGGAUGGUUUGUAGUUCUAGGUUUAAUCAAUGUAUCAUCGAGAUAUUGCUUAUUACAUAUUGACUAUCUUUUUUUUCUAAUUUCCCCUUCCUACCCAGAACAUCUGGGGGGCCGUAUAUGAAACCUGCUGGCGGGCCUGAUCUGGCCCCCGGGCCUUAUGUUUGACACCCUGCUUUAACCUCUAUAGCAGAACUCUGACAUUGACAAUUUAAUUAUGGCUGAUGAUCUUUGAGUGGUGGUACUUUAGGAAGUAUGGCACAUCCUUCAUUGAGCAGGUGUCUGUGAGCCACCUGCGCCCUCUACUGGGGGGAGUGGAGAACAGCAGCUCUUCAGGAGGCCUCUUCUCCUCUGUCAAUGGAGAUGCUGAACCCCGACCUAGCGUGUCAGAGUGCAAAGUGUGGAGGAAUCCACUUAACCUAUUCAGGGGAGCAGAGUACAACAGGUACACCUGGGUGACCGGUAAAGAGCCGCUGACGUACUAUGACAUGAACCUGUCUGCGCAGGACCAUCAGACCUUUUUCAGCGUAGACACGCAACAGCUUAGACCAGAGGACGCAGUGAUGCAGAAAGCCUGGAGGGAGAGAAACCCACAGGCCCGCAUACGAGCCGCCUACCAGGCCAUCGAGCUCAACCCAGAGUGUGCGGCAGCUUAUGUGCUUCUUGCAGAGGAGGAGGCCACCACAAUUACGGAGGCAGAGCGACUCUUCAAACAGGCACUCAAGAGUGCUGGCAGAGACACCAACCUGCUGGUGUACAUCAAGCGGCGGCUCGCCAUGUGCGCCCGCAAGCUGGGCCGCAUCAAAGAGGCCGUCAAAAUGAUGAGAGACCUAAUGAAAGAGUUCCCGUUAUUGGGGAUGUUAAAUAUCCACGAGAAUCUUCUAGAAGCGCUGCUGGAACUCCAAGCAUACGCUGACGUGCAAGCAGUACUGGCCAAAUAUGAUGACAUCAGUUUGCCAAAGUCAGCAACGAUAUGCUACACGUCAGCAUUGCUCAAAGCACGGGCAGUAUCAGAUAAGUUCUCUCCUGAGGCAGCCUCAAGGCGAGGUCUCAGCACAGCAGAGAUGAACGCAGUAGAGGCCAUACACAGAGCGGUGGAAUUUAACCCACACGUACCAAAGUAUUUAUUAGAGAUGAAGAGUCUGAUCCUGCCUCCGGAGCACAUCCUGAAGCGGGGCGACAGCGAGGCUGUGGCCUACGCCUUCUUUCACCUGCAGCACUGGAAGAGGGCAGAGGGAGCCUUAAACCUGCUGCACUGCACCUGGGAGGGCACCUUCCGGAUCAUUCCGUACCCUCUAGAGAAGGGCCACCUAUUCUACCCGUACCCAGGCUGCACAGAGACAGCAGACCGGGAGCUGCUGCCCUCGUUCCAUGAGGUGUCGGUGUACCCUAAGAAGGAGCUUCCUUUCUUCAUCCUCUUCACAGCGGGACUCUGCUCCUUCACCGCCAUGCUGGCCAUGCUCACACACCACUUCCCAGAGCUCAUGGGGGUCUUUGCCAAAGCCUUCUUCAGCACUCUCUUCGCACCCCUGGGGUUCUUCGCAGACAAGAUUGAAGGUUUCAUGCUGACGCGGAUCUGACGCUGUUCGCAAGCUCCCCACACACACAGACUCAUACACUCUGAAGGACACACACACACCUACAUAAACACUCCACUGAAAAAUGCCAUAAGGAAAUGCAAUACAUACUAGACAACAUGAGACCUGCUGAAAAGGGCCAAGCAUCUCUUCAAAAACACACACACACACACACACACACACACACAGUAUUUUGACUUCUGUCCUCUGUUUUGCUAGUCUGUUUGCCGUCUUGUAAACACACACCAAGCCAGUCCUCUACUUUGUGAAAAGUUUUGCGUGAAGGAAAAAGGUAAAAGAAUUCAUCCUAGAGCCAUGAAUCGUAUUUCACCCUACUUUCUCAAACAACCUCUUUUUAUGUUCAAAAAGCACCGAAAUGCUAAAAGCACAACAUCAAUGACGCACUGGCAUACUUCUUACCUCCUCGGCUACCAUUUUCACAGUAGAUAUGGGAGGAAGCCGAAACCUAGCUAGCAGCAGACAGCGGAGCAGAUCUGCUCCUGAUCCCUCAGCUGCAGUCUGGGAAUCAACAGGCCCCACUUAGCCACUCAGCCAGUGUCCACGUGCACACGUACGGUCCUAAGCCCCCUCCAUAAACCUGCGGGGCCUGGUCCAUCUCCACCGCAUUCCAGUGCGGCGGCGUGCACAUAGCGGUAGAGGCUGCUGCAGCAGUGGAGUCUGGGGCAGGUCCGGGGCAGGUCCGGCGUGGUUGUGGGCCUUACACAGAGUCGAGCUGCAUGGGAGGAGGAGAGGGGGUUGGCUGGUGCUGGAGUUCAAGCAGCAGACGCCAUCCCACCAGACUCCCAUCAGACAAGCACAUACACACAGACACACACACAUAUAUAUACACACACACACACACAUCACACUCAGAAACACACACGCACACACAUUUCACUCAAAAGGCCCAACCAAGCCCGGCCCAACAGGGUCCUUCGUGAGGUCCUGAAAAAAAAAAACUCUUGAUUUACUGUCUGUCUGGGGCAGGCUGUGUAUACAACCUCCCGACCUGCUACCAGAGGUUGCCGUGGAUUGAUGCCUCCGUGCUACAUCAUCGAGGCAACCCGCCCUUGUGGCGACAGCACAGAAUUGCAGAUGGGGAUCAUCGCUAGUCAUGAAACAAGUAUCUGUAGGUAGAUGGUUCUGCAGGAAUCGUGCAAGCCAAGUAGGGAAUGGGAGUGGGUCCUCUACUCUGGAUGUGUACUACUUCCUCUCCAAAACCGGUGUUGUGUCACUCAGUGAUGGUCUCGCAUCAUUCUGGAACAUUCUCUUUCUUAACCAUUGGUCAGAGCACUGCAACAUUGUUGAGAGAUCGUGCUCAGAAUUUGCUCCUGCUACCUGGCAGCAUGAUCACCCGAACACUCAACGCAGCUGUGAUCUUUAGGGCAGUCAUGACAUCCACAGGAGAACUGAGACUUGUGAGGAAGGUCGGAAGAGAAGGUCCAUUAGAGAGUGAACUGGGCCAUUCCUCUGCCAGAUGAGGGUCGGUUUCGCUCUCAAGUCCACUACCUUCCAGGAGAACUCCCCUUACCCCUGAAGCUCCAUCAGCAUUGGUCAGUGUGUUGAGCUCUGGAACGGGCUUACCUAAACAUCUCGCCAAGAUGCACGCGUUUGUCACUGGGGCAGAAUGUACAGAAGCUCCUCGCCUGAAAUCCUUCUUGACAUGUGCCUUCCAUCUCUGGCCCCUGACUGGUCGGUUUUAUUUAUCUCCUCUUUUACCCCAGUGAGAUUGUCAUUUAUUUAUUCUAAACAUUUCCAAGAGCCUUAAACUGGCAUUAUGAUGAUGUUUUUAAACGGAGGACAGAAGUCAAACUACUUUCAAUGUAGCAUUAAAACAUUUUUAAAGUGGAAUGGAGGUCUCAACUCCGAGAGGAAAUGUCUUACUGUCUGAUGACAGAGUUAACAUCGACAGUCAUCGUAAUCAAUGAUAUUGUUUGCUGAACAGCUGACAAUAAAGUGGUGCUUAAAAAAGUAA